CAGCUUAUGGAAACAAAUCUUCAGAAGAGAAAAUGGCGGCGAAGGACUUCUUCUUGACAUGCAUUAUUGCUCUCACCAUUAAUGUUGCAGCGUCAAAUCCUUCACCUGGAGACCAAGGUUGUGUAUUGAACGCCUCGGCAUUAUCCUUCGAGCCAAUCGGGGAAUGCCUGGCAAAUCGUCAAGACCGAAUUAGGGUUUGGGGCAGCUUCUCCACAACCUACUGUUGCCAGAACGCGCUCAACGCCCUGUCGCGAGCGUUGGCCGAUCAGGCAAAAACCGGCGGCAAUCUCUUCCUCGGUUCAGAUCAAUGGAACAACUGCGCCGGCCCCUUCAAGCAGCAGCCGUCGGUUUCUAUCGAGAGCUGCGGCUUUCAGAAUCUCCACAGCGGCGGCGGCGGCAAAUGCUCCGGCCUCGCUCUUUCAACGGUUGCGAAGAUCGAUAAUUUCAACGGUGUUUUGAACCUUUGUUCACAGCUUCAUAGCUAUUCCUCGUUCGAAGUUGACUGUAGAAAUUGUCUCGAUGCAAUCAAAUCUACCAGGGAUAGUCUCCUGGAUUUUCUGAACGUGACAUCGGAAGACAAAAACGAUGAGAACUCAACCUGCCUUGCCGCGGUCAUCAUCUCGUUUACAGCUAAAAACUCCUCCAGAAUUGAUGACUUCUACAGGUGUUUGCCUGCUUUAAACACAUUAGAGCCAGAAAACUACUUCAAGAUCAAGCGUAGUGUGUUCAAAGCAUUCAUAUCAAUUUUUCUAUCCGUCAUGGUAGUUGCAGCUGUGAUUCUUCUGGGGAAAUACGUGACCAAGAACAAGGCCACAGAGACCACAAAGGAAAUCCACGAACCAGCAAAGGAACUUGCUUCAUGCCCGGGUCUUUACAGAUUCUCCAAAGCUGAGAUUGAGAACGCCAUAAACUGUGGAAAUGAGAAAAUAUUCCUAGGCCGUGGCAGUGCCGGCCAGGUUUACAAGGGGGUUUUGCCCAGUGGACAGUAUGUAGCUAUCAAGCAGAUAUACAAGAGCAACACUGCAGAUUCAUUCUACCGUGAACUCGAAGGUCUUUCGCGAAUUCGCCAUCCCAACCUUGUCUGCCUCUUUGGCUGCUGCUUUGAGGAUGGAGAUCAGUACUUGGUGUAUGAAUACUGCUCUGCAGGAAACCUGGCUCAGUAUCUUAUGAGGAAAGACAGGCUCCUUACAUGGGAACAAAGAGUUAAAAUCCUGCGAGAUUGUGCACUCGCUCUUAGGUAUCUGCACAACAACAUAGAUGGCUGCAUCGUACAUAGAGACAUUAAGCUUACAAACAUCCUCUUGACUGAUAAUAUGGACCCAAAGCUGUCGGAUUUUGGGUUGGCAAAAGUGUUGGGAAUGGAGGAGAGCAAGGUUUUUACGGAUGUUCGAGGAACUAUAGGAUACAUGGAUCCUGAAUACAUGAGCAAUGCUAAGCUGACUUCAGCUAGUGAUGUUUACAGCUUCGGGAUUGUUGCUCUGCAGGUUCUAUCUGGACAAAAAGUGAUCGAGCUUGAUCUUGAUGCACGAGACCAAUUAACCAGAAAGGCGAAGGAUGUAAGCAUGGGGAAGCGGGCAUUGACAGAUUUCGAAGACCCGAGACUGAAAGGACAAGUGAACAGUGUGGAUUUUGAGUCCAUCCUGCAGAUUGCAGUGUUGUGUGUUGCUAGAUCAAGCAAGGGUCGCCCUACCAUCGAUGUAGUUUUCGAGGAGAUGGAGAAAGUAUACAAGAACGUACAGGCUGACAAGAAGGCAAAGGAGUUGAGCGCAACAAGUGCAUUGCAGGCAUUGGACGUGAUAGCUGUGUGAUGUGUGACUCUGCAGGGCUCAUCUUUGCAGUCUCAUGGCAUGAAGGCUAGGUUGAGAACAAGUUGUAUAGUGAAGAAAAGGAAUGGGAAGAUAAUGGUGCAUAUAUAUAUAUGCAUGUGUGAUAUGGGCAUUGUGUGUUGUGAUAGUUGCACCAAGCUAGGUGAAACAAUCACAAGAUAGAGUUUUUUUUUUUUUAAGGUAAAUUUUCCGACUUCACCCAAUUAUAUUCUUAGACUUGUGAACUUGCUCCAAGCAUUUAAUAUGUUGAGGGUGCAUUGUAUAAUGAGAGUGAAUAUUGAAUAGUAUUAACACAUUGUUUUUGAUAGAUUACUCAAUACCAUCCUUCCACACCAAAAAAACUUAUAUUCAAGAAUAAUAUACAAAUAGCAUAAACUCUUUUCAAGUUUUGAAA